AUGGCCACAAAAAUGCGAGCCGUAGACAUCACAAACAAAACCGGCCCCGCAACCUCCCUCCACAUUGCCUCGAUCCCCAAGCCGACAGCCAGUCGGGGCGAAGCGAUCGUGAAGAUCAAAGCCUUCGGCCUCAACCGCAUGGACCUGCUACAGCGCGAGGGCAAGUACCCGCUGCCGCCGCAGGCGGGGCCCAUCCUCGGCGUCGAGUUCAGCGGCACGGUGGAGAGCCUGGCUGAGGGCUGCAAGGACGGCUUCAAGGUUGGGGACGAGGUGUUUGGCCUGGCGUAUGGGGGCGCGUAUGCGGAGUUCAUCGCUGUGAAUACGCAUAUGCUGCUGCAUAAGCCGGUGCAUUUGAGUUGGGAGAAGGCGGCAGGGGUCCCAGAGACGUGGAUCACAGCCACCCAAGCGAUGUAUCUGGUCGGCGAAUUCACAAAGGGCAAAUCAAUCCUCUGGCAUGCUGGCGCUUCCUCUGUCUCCAUCGCCGGGAUUCAGCUCUCCAAGGUCGGCGGCGCGUCCGCCAUCUACGUAACGGCCGGCUCGCAAGACAAAAUCGAUUUCUGCGUCAAGGAGCUCGGCGCUACAGCUGGCUUUAACUACAAGACGGAAAACUGGUCUGAGGAGAUCUUGAAGGCGACAGACGGCAAGGGGGUGGAUGUCGUGAUUGACUUUGUGGGCCAGAAUUACUUCCAGGGAAACUUGGAUGUCACGGCCAAAGAUGCACAUAUUGUGCACCUGGGGGCGAUGAGUGGGACGAAGUUGCCAGCGGGCGUGGACAUUGGAGCCUUUAUCAGGAAGAGGAUCAGAUUUGAAGGCAGCAGUCUGAGGAGCCGGGAUGCUGAGUACCAGGGCAAGCUGAGGGAUAAACUGGAAGAGUACAUGUCCAAGUUCGAAGACGGUACCUUCAAGAUCUUCAUCGACAGAGUCUUCCCCUGGGAGCAGGUUGUCGAAGCGCAUCAGCUCAUGGAGAAGAACACGACGAAAGGAAAGAUUAUCUGCACGAUAUCUUCUUGA